AGCCCUCAGCGUGGACCGCGGGCAAAGGAAGAGUGGGCUCGGGCUUAUUUAUUCAGUGUAACUCGGGCUGAACUUCCCCUCUCCCGCGUCCUGCGUUGGUCAGGACACCAACACCGAACCCCUGAUACCCGCAGCGCCGGGAGAACAGGCUGCUGAAGCCCCACAACUUCCCUUCCUUGUCUCCUCCACACGCCACUCGCCAAUCCCACCCGCCCUUAGGAGCCCGCGCUAGUCAUUGGUCCGAUAUCCUGCCAAUCCGAGGGACCUUGACGAAUCGCGCUCUAGAUGUGCGCCCGCGGCCCGGCCAUCGGCAUCGACUUGGGCACUACCUACUCCUGCGUGGGGGUCUUCCAACAUGGCAAGGUGGAGAUCAUCGCCAACGACCAGGGCAACCGAACCACCCCCAGCUACGUGGCCUUCACCGACACCGAGCGCCUCAUUGGCGACGCGGCCAAGAACCAAGUGGCCAUGAACCCCACCAACACCAUCUUCGACGCCAAGAGGCUGAUCGGGCGGAAGUUCGAGGAUGCCACCGUGCAGUCGGACAUGAAACACUGGCCGUUCCGGGUAGUGAGCGAGGGAGGGAAGCCCAAAGUGCAGGUGGAGUACAAGGGGGAGAUGAAGACCUUCUUCCCCGAGGAGAUCUCCUCCAUGGUGCUCACGAAGAUGAAGGAGAUCGCUGAGGCCUACCUGGGCGGCAAGGUGCAGAGCGCCGUCAUCACCGUCCCGGCCUAUUUCAACGACUCGCAGCGCCAGGCCACCAAAGACGCGGGCACCAUCACCGGCCUCAACGUGCUGCGGAUCAUCAACGAGCCCACGGCGGCGGCCAUCGCCUACGGCCUGGACAAGAAGGGCUGCGCGGGGGGCGAGAAGAACGUGCUCAUCUUCGACCUGGGCGGUGGCACCUUCGACGUGUCCAUCCUGACCAUCGAGGACGGCAUCUUCGAGGUGAAGUCCACUGCCGGCGACACCCACUUGGGCGGCGAGGAUUUCGACAACCGCAUGGUCAGCCACCUGGCCGAGGAGUUCAAGCGCAAGCACAAGAAAGACAUUGUGCCCAACAAGCGCGCGGUGCGGCGGCUGCGCACAGCCUGUGAGCGCGCCAAGCGCACCCUGAGCUCGUCCACCCAGGCCAGCAUCGAGAUCGACUCGCUGUACGAGGGUGUGGACUUCUACACAUCCAUCACCCGCGCCCGCUUCGAGGAGCUCAACGCGGACCUCUUCCGCGGGACCCUGGAGCCGGUGGAGAAGGCGCUGCGCGACGCCAAGCUGGACAAGGGCCAGAUCCAGGAGAUCGUGCUGGUGGGCGGCUCCACGCGCAUCCCCAAGAUCCAGAAGCUGCUACAGGAUUUCUUCAAUGGCAAGGAGCUGAACAAGAGCAUCAACCCCGACGAGGCGGUGGCCUACGGUGCGGCGGUGCAGGCGGCCAUCCUCAUCGGUGACAAGUCCGAGAACGUGCAGGACUUGCUGCUGCUCGACGUGACCCCGCUGUCGCUGGGCAUCGAGACGGCCGGCGGCGUCAUGACCCCGCUCAUCAAGAGGAACACCACGAUCCCCACCAAGCAGACGCAGACCUUCACUACCUACUCGGACAACCAGAGCAGCGUGCUGGUGCAGGUAUACGAGGGCGAACGGGCCAUGACCAAGGACAAUAACCUGCUGGGCAAGUUCGACCUGACCGGUAUUCCCCCCGCACCCCGCGGAGUCCCUCAAAUCGAGGUCACCUUCGACAUCGAUGCCAAUGGCAUCCUCAACGUCACCGCCGCCGACAAGAGCACCGGUAAAGAAAAUAAAAUCACCAUCACCAACGACAAGGGUCGUCUGAGCAAGGACGACAUCGACCGGAUGGUGCAAGAGGCGGAGCGGUACAAGUCGGAAGAUGAGGCUAAUCGCGACCGCGUAGCAGCCAAAAACGCGGUGGAGUCCUACACGUACAACAUCAAGCAGACAGUAGAAGACGAGAAACUGAGGGGCAAGAUUAGCGAGCAGGAUAAGAACAAGAUCCUCAGCAAGUGUCAGGAAGUGAUCAACUGGCUCGAUCGAAACCAGAUGGCGGAGAAAGACGAGUACGAACACAAGCAGAAAGAGCUGGAAAGAGUAUGCAACCCCAUCAUCAGCAAACUUUACCAAGGCGGCCCUGGCAGCUGCGGCGGGGGGCCCGGAGCCUCCGGGGGCCCCACCAUCGAAGAGGUGGACUAACGCUUACUCGAGAGCAGCGUAAACCUCUUUUCCUUUCUCUUUUUUUCCCCCCUUUUGUUUUGGUUUCUUUGAAAUGUCCUUGUGCCAAGUAGAUCUAUUGUUGGAAGGCUUUAGCCUGGUAUAUGCAUGUGAAAGGAAAGGAAAACAACCUAGUUUAACUAUAAAAGAUGAGUUCUGAAGUUCGAUUUUGAAAAAGCAUUAUUUGAGGUUUCUCCUUAAGGCAUGUUGUGUGAUUUGAGCCUUUUUGUUAGCUUAGUUUGUGCAUGGAGAUUCCAGAAACCUGACAUUUGCACACCUGUCCUGUGGAAGCUUGGAAACAAAAUAUGUAGAAGCUUGAAUUGUUUAUUUGUAUGCACUACUUUAAAACUAAAGUAACAUUGCAGUAAUGUUAAGGACAGGUAUAUUUUUUGCAAAUAAAUGCAUAAGUGUGAAUUUAAAAUAAAACUGAAGUUGAUCUCAA